UUCAUGGUGAAAAGGCAGAGAGCGCGCGCGAGGACGCGGACGCAGCUGCGGAACGCACGACUGAAUGAAUGAAGAAGAGGAAGAAGAGCUCUGGGCUUUCUGGAAACAAGUCAUAGGAGACCUCGAUAGGUCAUAGGUGAACUUCACAAUUACCGAAAGCUUCAGGUGGUUUGAGCGAGUCGUAAUGUCUUCGAGGGUUUGAGGAGAGAUCGUGGAUGUCUCAACAGACUCCUGGAGAAAGUUCAACAUCAGGAUGAACAGGUUCCUCAGAUAGUGGAUGAACACAUACGUGUUUAAUUCCUGGUCAUUAUGACAUAUCUUCCUCUGUUCUCAUUGGACCAUCAGGUCAGGAUGUUCCGGGUUUUAAGCUGGAGCAACUGUCACUCUACCAUAUGGCCACGCCUCUUGUGGAUUUUGUGGGUGUGGCUAAGCCCAUGUUCAUCGGUUCACCAGCACUCACACCCACAUUCCAUCAAAAUCCUGGGGGACAUCACCUUGGGGGGCCUGUUUCCAGUCCAUGCCAGGGGUCCCGCAGGGGUCCCGUGUGGAGAAAUAAAGAAGGAGAAAGGAAUCCACCGGAUGGAAGCCAUGCUAUACGCACUGGACCAGAUCAACAGCGACCCAGAACUACUGCCCAACAUUACGCUAGGGGCCCGGAUCCUCGAUACGUGUUCCAGGGACACUUACGCUCUAGAGCAGUCUCUGACAUUUGUCCAGGCCCUCAUUCAGAAGGACACAUCUGAUAUACGCUGCUCCAACGGUGAACAACCGAUCAUACGCAAGCCUGAGCGCGUGGUGGGUGUGAUAGGGGCGUCAGGCAGCUCAGUGUCCAUCAUGGUGGCCAAUGUCCUGCGAUUGUUUGAGAUCCCUCAGAUCAGCUACGCCUCCACAGCACCAGAGCUGAGCGACAAUAACCGCUACGACUUCUUCUCUCGAGUGGUACCACCAGACUCCUACCAGGCACAAGCUAUGGUGGACAUUGUGAAGGCGCUGGGCUGGAACUAUGUGUCCACAUUAGCGUCAGAGGGGAAUUAUGGUGAAAGUGGAGUAGAUGCCUUCGUUCAGAUCUCUCGAGAGGCAGGAGGUCUGUGCAUCGCUCAGUCCUUGAAGAUCCCACGAGAGCCCAAACUAGGAGAGUUUGACAAGAUCAUUAAGAGACUAAUGGAGACCCCCAACGCUCGAGGAGUCAUCAUUUUCGCCCAUGAGGAUGACAUCAAACAGGUCCUGGAGGCUGCAAGGAAGUCCAAUUUGACGGGUCAUUUUAAGUUUGUGGGAUCGGACAGCUGGGGUGCCAAGAGCUCUCCGAUCCUGGACCAGGAGGACGUGGCUGAGGGUGCCGUCACCAUUCUGCCCAAAAGAGCUUCUAUUGAAGGAUUUGACCAGUACUUCACCACUCGAUCCCUGGAGAACAACCGCAGGAACAUCUGGUUCGCUGAAUUCUGGGAGGACGACUUCAGGUGCAAACUGACACGUCCAGGUAUCAAGAUAGACCCAGAAAAGAAGAAAUGCACAGGAGAAGAACGGAUUAGUCGCGAUUCUCAUUAUGAGCAAGAGGGCAAGGUUCAGUUUGUAAUUGAUGCAGUUUACGCUAUGGCUCAUGCUUUGCACAACAUGCACCAGGAUUUGUGCCCGGGAGCCACGGGCGUUUGUGAUAAGAUGGACCCAGUGGAGGGACGUUUGCUGCUUAGCUACAUCCACUCCGUCAACUUCAAUGGUAGUGCUGGUACUGCUGUUCUGUUUAAUGAGAACGGAGAUGCUCCUGGACGCUAUGACAUCUUUCAGUACCAGAUGACCAACACCACCAAUCCAGGAUACAGAGUCAUCGGCCAGUGGACCAAUAACCUGCGACUCAGCGUGGAAGAGAUGCAGUGGACCGGUGGAUCCCGUCAGAUGCCGGACUCGGUUUGCAGUUUGCCGUGCCGCUCAGGUGAGAGGAAGAAGAUGGUGAAGGGUGUCCCGUGUUGCUGGCACUGUGAGCUCUGUGAUGGCUAUCAGUUCCAAGCUGACGAGUUCAACUGUGAGAUGUGCCCUUUCGACAUGCGGCCGAGCCCCAACCGCACGGCCUGCCGCCCAACUCCCAUCAUCAAGCUGGAGUGGCAUUCACCCUGGGCCAUGAUCCCUUUGUUCCUGGCCAUUCUUGGCAUCCUGGCCACCCUGUCCGUCAUCAUCACCUUCAUCCGCUUCAACGACACCCCUAUCGUGAGGGCCGCGGGCCGUGAGCUCAGUUACGUGCUCCUGACCGGAAUCUUCCUCAUCUACCUCAUCACCUUCCUGAUGAUCGCUGAGCCAGGGACGGUGGUGUGUGCUUUCCGCAGGCUGCUGCUGGGGCUGGGCAUGUGCAUUACAUACUCUGCCAUGCUUACAAAGACCAACCGGAUCUAUCGCAUCUUCGAGCAGGGCAAGAAGUCUGUCACACCGCCAAAAUUCAUCAGCCCCACAUCGCAACUUAUGAUAACCUUCAUACUGAUCUCAGUACAGGUUGUAGGUGUUUUCAUCUGGUUUGGUGUGAUGCCGCCACACACCAUUGUGGACUAUGAGGAGCAGCGGCCGCCCAAUCCAGAUUUGGCGCGUGGCAUCCUGAAGUGUGACAUGUCUGAUUUGUCGCUCAUCUGUUGCCUGAGCUACAGUAUCGUGCUGAUGGUCACGUGCACUGUGUAUGCGGUCAAGAGCCGAGGUGUGCCUGAGACCUUCAAUGAAGCUAAACCCAUCGGCUUCACCAUGUACACCACCUGCAUCGUCUGGCUGGCAUUCGUGCCUAUUUUCUUUGGCACAGCACAGUCCACUGAGAAGGUAAAGUAG